GCGGGUUGGUCGAGACUACAAGCCCAUCUUGAUCGCAAAGUGUUGAGGAGCUAUCCUAGUGCAAAAUGAAAUCCAUGCUCAUUUUCGGCCUUGUGGCGAUGUGCGUGCUGGUGGUCAGCGCCAGCGAGGAGGCGCCCAAGAAGCCAGUGGAGGCCGCCGAGCCCGCCGAGAAGAAGCAGGAGAAGCGCGGCAUCGGCCACGGUCUGGGCUACGGCUACGGACCGUCUGCCGGCGGUGCCAUCCUGGGAUCUGGUAUCGGAGUGGCACAUGCCCCCGUCGCCAUCGCCGCCCCCAUUGCCCACCACGCCGUCGCUGAGCUGCCCACCCAGGUGCACACCAACACCGUGAUCAAGACCGUGCAGGUUCCCUAUCAGGUGGAGCGUCACGUGCCCUACCCAGUUGAAAAGACCGUCACCUAUCCCGUGAAGGUGCCCGUGCCACAGCCCUACCCCGUGGAGAAGAUCGUCCAUGUGCCCGUCAAGGAGAUCGUAAAGGUGCCCGUUGAGGUGCCCCAGCCCUACCCCGUCGAGAAGGUCAUCCGCAUCCCGGUCAAGAUCCCAGUCGACCGUCCCUACCCCGUGCACGUUGAGAAGCCCUACCCCGUGCCCGUCGAGAAGCCAGUGCCCUACACCGUUGAGAAGCGCGUGAUCCACAAGGUGCCCGUGCACGUGGACCGCCCAGUGCCCUACAAGGUGGCCGUGCCAGUGCCCGUCCAUGUUGAGAGCCACGUGAAGCCCGCCGUGGCCGUCACCCACACCGUUGCCGCUCCGGCCUACAUUAGCCAUGGCAUCUCCGGUCACGGCAUCUCCGGUCACGGCAUCUCCGGCCACGGAAUCUCCUCGUACGGAGUCUCCGGCCACGGCAUCUCCUCCUACGGCGUCUCCGGCCACGGUGGCUACCUCCACAAAAAGUAGACGAAUCGCAACGCUGUCGAGGGCCAAUUGAGAGGUGAAGCCGGGUGAAGACGGGCGAAU